AACCAAACACGAUUUUGGAAAAAAUGAAGCAUUCUUUCACCAAACAUAUUAACUAUUCACUGUAUCGUUCUGCAAAAAUUGACCAACUUUUUGAACUCUUCAAUUCAGUUGAGUAUAGCAUAGGAUUACCUAGUUCUCACUGCCCAUCACUCAUGGAUUUGCGAAAAAUUUCAGAAGAAAUGAAAUCCAGUUUCAAUGGCGGAAAGACUGUGUGCAUGAAUUGGAGGAGAAACCAACUUGAAGCUAUUCUCAAGUUAGUUGUUGAAAAUGAAGAAGAAAUAUUGGAUGCGCUUCAUACUGAUUUGGGCAAGAGUCAAACUGAGGCAUACAAAGACGAGGUUUCUCUGCCACUUAUAGCAUUCUAUGGUUCAGCCUCACUGAUUGCAGAGCCCCUUGGUGUAGUUUUAAUAUUCACUACAUGGAAUUUUCCUUUCAAUCUGGCUUUAGAGCCACUGGUAGGGACCAUUGCAGCUGGAAAUGCUGUGGUUUUAAAGCCCUCGGAAAUGGCUGCUGCUACAUCAGAUCUCCUUGCAUAUCUUAUUCCCAAGUACUUGGAUAACAGUAUGAUUAGAGUUGUUCAAGGUGGCCCUGAGGAGUGUGCUAAAUUGCUGGAGCUAAAGUGGGACAAGAUAUUUUUCACUGGCAGUGCACGCAUUGGGCGAAUUGUAAUGACUGCAGCUGCAAAACAUCGUACGCCAGUUACUCUGGAAUUAGGUGGAAAAUGCCCCACAAUAGUUGAUCGCAUGCAUAGCAAUGAUGAUUUGCUGGUGACAGCAAAGCGAAUAGUCUUUGGCAAAUGGAUGUUAUGCAAUGGACAAGCAUGCGUCUCCCCUGACUACAUUCUUGUGCAAGAAGAAAUUGCUGCUGCUCUGGUUGAUUCCCUGAAGAAGACGAUCAAAAAGUUUUAUGGAGAGGAUCCCAGCAAAAGUAGUGAUCUCUCAAGAAUUGGCAACAAAAACCAUUUUUUGAGGCUUACAAAGUACCUGCAAGAUCCAUCUAUUGCAAAUACCAUAGUCUACGGUGGCAGACAUGAUGAGAAGAGAUUCUAUGUGCAGCCAACAAUUCUGCUUAAUCCGCCAUUGACGUCAGACAUAAUGAACGAGGAAAUUUUCGGACCCCUGCUUCCUGUCAUCACAUUUGCUCUUGAUGGUUUGCCAUUUGGAGGGGUGGGAGAAAGUGGGUUAGGGAAGUACCAUGGAAAGUACUCAUUCGACACAUUCAGCCACCAAAAGGCAGUGCUGUAUAGAUCCCUCUUUCCAGAGAUUUUCUUCAAAUAUCCUCCAUGGAAUGCUUUCAGGCUCAACAUGCUCAAAACUGCUCUUGGCUUCGACUAUCGGGGAACGGUAUUGGUUUUCUUAGGCCUAAAAAAUUAAUCCCAUUGACCUUUGAACCAUCUUAAUGUAUGCUCUUGAUAUUUUUUCUGCAUCAUAUAAGUGAUGACAG